AUGUCUACUGGACGCAUGGCAACUGCACGUUCCAUGCAUACUGCAACCUUGCUCAAUUCGGGCAAAGUUCUUGUCACCGGUGGUUUGGACCUACAUUUACUCGCGAGUUGUGAAAUAUAUGAUCCAUCAACGAGCCUCUGGAACCCUACAGCAAGCAUGGCAAAUGUGCGUUAUUAUCAUACUGCAACCCUGCUCAAUUCGGGCAAAGUUCUGGUUACUGGUGGUUGGGGACUAGAUUUACUUGCGAGUUGUGAAAUAUAUGAUCCAUCAACGGGCCAAUGGAGCAUUACUGCAAGCAUGGGAAAUGCACGUGAUUUGCAUACUGCAACCCUGCUCAAUUCGGGCAAAGUUCUGGUCACUGGUGGUGUAGAAUCGUUGUCCAGUGCUAAUAGUAAUUGUGAAAUAUAUGAUCCAUCAACGGGCCUCUGGAGCUUUACUGGAAGCAUGAAAGAGCCACGUCGAAUGCAUACUGCAACCCUGCUCAAUUCGGGCCAAGUUCUUGUCACCGGUGGUAGAGGAUUGUCGACGCAUUAUCUUAAUAGCUGCGAAAUAUAUGAUCCAUCAACCGGCCUAUGGAGCCCUACAGCAAGCAUGGCAAAUGUGCGUCAAUAUCAUACCGCAACCCUGCUCAAUUCGGGCCAAGUUCUAGUCACUGCUGGUGCAGAUUCGUCGUUUAGCUUUCUUACUAGUUCUGAAAUAUAUGAUCCAUCAACGGGCCAAUGGACCACUGUUGGAAGCACGGCAUAUGCACAUAUGCAGCAUGCUGCAACCCUCCUCAAUUCGGGCAAAGUCCUUGUCGCUGGUGGUGAAGUAUCGUACAUAAAUCCUAGUAAGAUUUCUGAAAUAUUUGAUCCAUCAACGGGCCAAUGGAACACUACUGCAAACAUGGCACAUGCACGCAUGCAGCAUGCUGCAACCCUACUCGACUCCGGCGAAGUUCUGAUCACUGGUGGCGGAGAAUCUACUUGUGAAACGUUCAGUUCGUUUAUAUAG